CGGGCGGCCGCAGGAGGCGGCGGCGCGGUGGCUCGGAGGCGCCAGGCCCUCGCGGGGCCGCGCGGGGCCCGGGUGGCGGCCACGGCGGCGGCGCGGCCGGAGGCGGAGGCGGAGGCGGAGGCGGAGGCGGAGGAGGGCGGCGUCCGUGCAGCCGGCCCGCGUCCGGCGGAGGAGGAGGCCAUGAACGGCGACCGGACCGAGAGCGACUGGCAGGGGCUGGUGAGCGAGUACCUGGUGUGUAAAAGGAAGCUGGAGAGUAAGAAGGAAGCCCUGCUGAUCCUUUCCAAGGAGCUGGACACAUGCCAGCAGGAAAGGGACCAGUACAAACUCAUGGCCAAUCAGCUUCGAGAGCGCCACCAGUCCCUGAAGAAGAAGUACCGCGAGCUGAUCGAUGGAGAUCCAUCACUUCCCCCGGAAAAGAGGAAACAGGCCAAUCUUGCACAACUAUUGAGAGAUUCUCAAGACCGAAAUAAACAUCUGGGAGAAGAAAUUAAAGAACUCCAGCAAAGGCUUGGAGAAGUCCAGGGCGACAAUAAGCUCUUGAGGAUGACAAUUGCCAAACAGAGGCUUGGAGAUGAAGAAAUUGGUGUGCGGCACUUUGCGGCCCACGAGCGUGAAGAUCUGGUUCAGCAGCUGGAGAGAGCUAAGGAACAGAUCGAAUCUCUGGAGCACGACCUGCAGGCCUCUGUGGACGAGCUUCAGGAUGUGAAAGAAGAGCGGUCUUCCUACCAGGACAAAGUCGAGAGGCUCAACCAGGAGCUCAACCACAUCCUGAGCGGUCACGAGAACCGUAUCAUUGACGUGGACGCCCUGUGCAUGGAGAACAGGUACCUUCAAGAGAGAUUAAAGCAACUUCACGAAGAGGUCAACCUCUUGAAAUCUAACAUUGCCAAAUACAAGAAUGCUCUCGAGAGACGGAAAAAUUCCAAAGGCCAGGGUAAAUCCAGCAGCAGUGCCUUGACUGGAGUCCUGUCUGCAAAGCAAGUCCAGGACCUGCUCUCCGAGGAUCACGGGUGCAGUCUCCCAGCCACCCCACAGUCCAUUUCUGAUCUGAAAUCUCUGGCAACAGCUCUGUUGGAGACGAUCCAUGAGAAAAACAUGGUGAUCCAGCACCAGAGGCAGACCAACAAAAUCCUAGGAAAUCGAGUGGCUGAACUGGAGAAAAAAUUAAGAACCCUGGAAGUUUCUGGUUUAUGGAGUCUUCCAGGCCUGAGCUACAAUGUUUCCGUGGGAUUUGGGAGGGGCAAGGACACCAUCCUGUUUGGCGACCCUGCUCUGCCCACUAUGCAGAGGUCGAGAUCCCCGCUGCUGAAGUUGAUUGAGCAGCCUGCUGGGAACAAAGCGAGUCCCAAGGACGGGGAGGCUCAGAAGCACGAACGAGAUGAAAGUUGUGCCGCCGCCGCCGAGGCGCUGACAGCUCAGGAGGAUGCCGGGAGGCCCACUGUCAGCUCCCCAGCAAAUCCGAGUCACGGGAACCAACGCAGGCACGUUCACCCCUCGUUACCCCAGCUCCUUCCUGAGGAAGAAGUAAACAGGCUUGGAGGGGAAAUCGUGAAACUGACAGAGGAGCAGGCGGCCACUGAACCAGAAGGAGUCCGACAAGAGAGUGCCGUAGAGGGUCCAAGGGACGAGAGGGGGCCAAGCCCACCGGGCUCAGCCGCCAAAGGGCCGUGUGCCAAACUUUGCCAGGACUCGGCUGAGUCCAGCCUGCCCUCGGCCGAAGCUUCUGCCCUGGAAGACGGCAGGGAGAUGCCAGAGGGUGGAGGUAUGAGGAGCACCACGAAAACAUGAACGGGGAAGCGAUGGGCCUGGUGACACAUCGAAGGCACCAGGGACGGUAAAGAAUUCAGGAUCAGAACAGCUCACCGAAGUCACUUCCUCCCCAAACACCUCCAGGCCUGUGCAUGAGAGAGGACACAGCUCCCGUUGCAAACGUUGAACAUUCUGAUGAUGCCAGCACAGUUUGAUUUAUUAAAUGCGGGUCCUCAAGCUUCUCCAUGUCAUCUCUUUCCGCAGAAGAUGCACCGCUGUGAACACGGCCAGGCACGGAAUCACGUCUGCCAUAUGGCUGGUUUUCAGCAUCCGUCUUUCUGUCAGCGUUUGUUUUAUUAGAGAUAAGCUGUUUUCCUAUUAGCGUUUAAAGUUGUCGAUCAAAAUUAUGGGAAGAGCUUGAAACGGAUGGGGUUUUUAAUCAGGUCGCCGUCUUGGUAAUGUUGAGGCGGCUGUAGCGUGAGGUGUAAUUGAGCAUAAUGGGUCCAGAGAGCCCACCACUCCAUUCCAUCACGUCAGGGCCCGGGAGGCCCUCCCAGCAUGGGUGUUUUUGGCAUCCUGCCUGCAGCACUGUCUGCCGUGGCACCAACUGGCAGGUGGAGAGGGGCUUAGGUGGGCUCAGAAGGUUAGGCUUUCGGUUUGAAAUCCACAGCCCCUGUUGAGACCUGUUUGCUGACUGCUAAAGCUGCGUGUUCCAGCCUGUGAUUCUAGAGGAUUCUUCGACCUGGGGUGAUGGUGGGGGUGCUGUAGAUAAGCAGGGAAGAAGGGGAAUCUAAUGGCGUUUUGAUUUUUUGUUUCUGAAAUAGGCUGAGAGGCAGAGCCAUUCGACACAGGCUGUGUACAGGGUUUUCUGGCCAUGUGGGGUAGGGGCAAAAUGCAGCUGCUUCAGGCCCAUCCAGUUUGCCCAACUACCUGCAGCCUUACCCGUCCCCACUCCAACAUAUUGCUGAGGCUGCCCCCUCUGUGCCACCAGGUACUGGGGUUCUAAAGAUAAGACAGAGCUUGUGGCCCCAAAGUGGAAAGAGAGACAAAAACAAAGUCUCUUCCUUACAGGCUCGGAAGAGGACUAUGGAACCAAGUCGAAGCUCCAAGAGCAGGAAAGUAGAGCGUGGUCACCCCCACUGCUUCUCUCUUUGGGGAUAUAAUUAGCAUUUCUAGGCGUUCCUGUUGUGGCGCAGCAGAAACGAAUCUGACUAGGAACCAUGAGGUUAAGGGUUCGAUCCCUGGCCUCGCUCAGUGGGUUAAGGAUCUGGUGUUGCUGUGUGCUGUGGUGUGGGUCACAGACACACCUCGGAUCCCACGUUGCUGUGACUGUAGCGUAGGCCGGUGGCUACAGCUCCAAUUAGACCCCUAGCCUGGUAACUUACCUCCAUAUGCCAUGGGUAUGGCCCUAAAUGGACAAAAGACCGAAAAAAAAAAAAAUUAGCGUUUCUUGGUGGCAUCUGGCACUGCAGGCUCUGAAGGCGCCUCAAACGACAAACCUUUCUGUGCGCUGAAAAGAGUUCAUUUCCCAAGAAGACCUAAUACCACGUCCCAAACCUCAACGAUGCCCCGACAACUAGAAUCACUCCUUCCUCUGGGAAAAGAGAAACUCCCAAGGAGAAAGAGGUAGAAAAUGUAUAAAUCAUCCUAAAAAUAGGAUGUUUGGGCCAGGCUUGUGAUUCCCAGGUGUGAACCCCGCACACCGGUGGCCAGACCCCAGACCCUUCCCUGCUACCAUUUCAUCUCCCGGCAUCGCUCCGCCAGUGGGGGUAGGCUCCAUCAUACCUCGAGCCGUCUCAGGCUGAAGGAGGGCUGAGGCACAGGCCAGAUGGUCCCGCCCUUUGCCAGAUGCACCUGGGGGGAGCUCCAGCUGUGAGAGGAGGAAUCCCUCUCACCAGAGGCCACCCCGAGAGCGGGAUGCAGGCACGUCCGAGGCAGCACAUGUUGGCUCCAGACCCUGGUGCUCCAUUCAUCCUUCUGUGUUCCAGGCUCUCCCCUCUCCCCAGGUCCACCCCCUUACCUUCCCCUCCAGGAGGUCACUUCUGCUGCUGCAAAGCUUGCCCAGGCCAGCAGCCAUGGAAAUCAUUUUCCUGCUGCACCAGGCUUAAAUGCCCUGCAGAUGUUCAGUACGAGUGCCUAGGACAUAAGAGCCACCGAAAGAAAACACAGCCAGAUUUCAUAAGAUAACAAUAAAAAGAAAAAUCUUUCCCCGCAAAAGCCUUGAUCUGGACACACGGUUGGUCGGGUACACACCUUUAGAGGCUGUGGAUCAUCUGGAAAGCAAGGCUUAGACUCAACUCCAACACAUUUCACUGUGGGCAAGAAACCUGCCAUGAGUCCCAGAGUGUGGGGUUCCGGGCAGGGGGUCAUAGGGAGAGAGAGCCUAAACUGUGUGUCCAAUCAGCAUGGGGGUGCUUGUGUUAUUAGAUGGAAUUGGAGCCAUGAGUUGACCCUGUCAUAUCUGUAACCUUGACAAUGCCCUGUACAAAAUGUGACACUGUCCCACCUCUGCUGUGUGAACCCAACAUGGUUUUUCUGUUCCUCAGACAUUAAAAAGAGUCUCCAAAAUUA